AUGGAAGUCAAUGGUGAACCAGAUAUAGCUGGUAUUUUAAGCGCGGCUUUAAUGCCAUUGAAAGAUAUGAAAGAUGCAGAUAUUUUGAACCAGUAUGAAAUGAACAUGGCUGAUGGAAAUAUAACACCUGACGUUCUAGAACAUUUAUCUCAAAGAACUACACAGAACCAUAGAGAUGGUAUAUUUGGUGAAGAGUUUAGAAAGAAAGUUAGGGAGGGAGAAGGAAGAGAACCUAUUGUACAUGACCUUGCAAACGAAAGUUUACAAAAUGUCAUAAAAACUUACUUUGCAGGCGAUGAAUCGAGAAGGGAUGAAUAUUUAAGAAAACUCAAAUGGACAGUACCAAAUGAAAUGUUAGUAUUGAAAAACAUGUUCCUUGACAAAAUAAAACCAACUACAGAAAUAAACGACGCAAGACUGAAAGAUUGGGUAAAAGCUUUCCCAUUCACAAAAGAUAUUAUUGGUAACAUGGAAAGAAAACCAGAAUGGCUACAAAAACAUAUAUUUGGAAACGAGCUUAUUCCAUAUGGACAAGCUCUGUUUGAAGAGCUUGAACCAGAAACUCAGGAAAGAGUCAUGCAAACAAUACGCAAAGACUCAAAUACAGACUAUGACAAACUCUUUCUAGGAUAUAGGUUACCUGAGAUGGGCGACCAGAGCCCAAAGGCAAAAAGGACAUGGGAAAUUUACAACAUACUAGGUGAACAUGAGGCAAAGAUGCAACAACUUGAAGCAGAGGGCAAUGAAGGAAAAAGAAGAGUUAAAAACUCAGUCAGGAAGAAAGUAAAGCUUGGUCCACGUGGGUUCUAUUAUGACAUAUAA